AUGUCGACGAACACAACCACCUCCGCCUUUUUCAAAACUGGCGACGACUUUGAGAAGAUCCAGGCUUCGCGACCGGAUUUCAAGCGGGACACAGAGGUCACUUUCACCAAGCCGCCCAAUCCGGACUGGAAGCAGGGCGACGGCGCCAACGAUGGGGGCGAGUGUCUCAAGAAGAAGCAUAUCGAGAUUGACCCAUACGAAGAGGGAAGACCUGUGUCGUCCAACUAUAAGAUCCUCAUCUCUGGCAUGGUUCCUCGCCCGAUUGCCCUCAUUAGCACCAAGUCCAAGGACGGAAAGACAUGCAACUUGGCGCCAUUCAGCUAUUCGCAAGUCAUCAAUCAUGACCCUCCCCUCUUUGCGGUCGGGUUCGUGGGUUCCCUUGAAAACGCUAAGGAUACGGUGAAGAACCUGGCCGAGUCCGAAGAGUGUGUGAUCAACAUCAUCUCGGAGCACUUUGUCGAGGCGGCGAAUGCGACCGCGAUCAACGCGCCCUACGGGGUCUCUGAAUGGGAGAUAUCGGGGCUCCACCAGGCUCCCAGUUCUGUCGUUCAAGCCGCGCGGGUGAAGGAGUCGAUCCUGUCCAUCGAAGGCAAGCUUGUUGAAUUCAGAGAGUUCGAAAGCCGACAAACGCCGGGCAAGAAAACGGGAGUUCUCGCUAUUAUCGAGGGCGUCCGAUUUUGGGCGCGGGAGGACGCGAUUGACGAAGCGAAGAGUGUCAUUGAUCUGAAGGUUUUGAAACCGAUCAGCCGCUUGGGAGGGAUUCAAUACGGGCGGACUACCGAUGCGAUUGAGAUUCCUCGACCCAACUUCUAG